AUGCGUGGACAGUAUAAUGGUUUUUCAGCAUGGCUAAAUAAAGUAAGUCCAGACCAAAUCUAUGUAUGGUGCUAUGCUCAUGUGCUCAAUCUGGUAAUGAUUGAUACAUCUAACGUUACUUGUGAAAGUACUUCUUUAUUCGGUUUAUUAAACUCUAUUGCAGUGUUUGUUAGAGAAUCGUACCUUCGAAUAAAUAAGUGGGAGGAGAAUAGUAAAUAUAAGUUUAUUUCAAAUAUUGGUGAUACACGUUGGUGGUCUAAAGAUAGGUGUUUGACAAAAGUUUUUGGAUUAUAUUCAUUUCCUAAAGAGGCUUUGUUUGUAGAUAUUAUACAGACUCUUAAUGACAUUUAUUUGAGUGAUAAAUGUAAUCAAGAAAUAAGAUUUAAAGCUCAAAUGUAUAGAGAUUCACUUCUUAAGUAUGAAACUGUAUUGAAAACUCUCAAUCCGGCUCUGUGCCACUAUAUAAUUCGACGUAUCUACACACUGUUUAAACUUUAA